AUGUUUUCUGAUCAUUAUCUUUGCGUUUCAGAGGGAGCUUCUCAAUUUGGUUUUCUGGAGCUUUCUCAGAGUCAGGAUCUGCGCGGUGAAGUGGUGAACCGUCAGGUGGAAGACGACAGAGAGAGACGCAACACAUCAGCAGCAGAGCAGAGCAUCAGCUCCAGGACUUCACAGAGUCAGGACAACAAAGCAGCGAGAUCUGAGGUGAGCUCCAGCUGGUCAGAGUCCUCGGGUCAGUCCGGGAGGCAGCGGGGCAUCGAGGCUCUGCUGCACUCAGAGGUCCUGCAGGCGUCUGAUGAGCAGGAGAUCCCGUCCUCACAGGAGGACAUGUUCGACCCUGAAAAGACGGGCGGUGCAGUGGACAGCACGGUGUCUGAGCCGGAGCAGCAGGGUCACCCCACGGCCACACCGGCCCAGACCCUGCGGCUGCUGCAUCUGUCCGGACAGGGAACACUGGUGCAGGAGACUCUGUCCCAGAGCUCUGUUGACUUUGUUGCCGCCACCCAAGACAACUUCUCCCAGAACCUUUUGAUAGUUCCCAGUUCACCAACAGAAGCAGAGAAUAAACACGGUAAAAGAUUAAACCUACUUUGAUGACUGGAUUUGAUUUAGGAAACAAGUGGUGAGUAUAGAGCAGGGGUCGGCAACCUUUUUGAUAU